CUCGAAGUAACCAGCAGAACAGAAUCACAGAAUGCUAGGGUUUUAGAGAGGACGUUCUUCUCCAAGUUCCUGCAGCAAAGCUCACAGAAGUCAUGGGCAAAAAGGGAUUGUCGAAAAAAUCUGCAAGAGUGCCCAAGAGCUCUGCUGUGGAGCAGGAGAAAGCCUCUUCAUCUACACCCAAAGAGGCUGGUAGUGAUUCUUUGUCUGGACCCAAAAAAGCUGCUAAUGACUCUUCGCCUACACCCAAAAAAGCUGGUAAUGAGGUUGACAAAAUCUUUGCCGUCAAGAAGAGGAAGAACCGGGAACAGGAAAAGGCCGAGAAGCCGGCAGAAGAUGCGUCUGCAAAAGGUAAGAAAUUGAAGAGAAAGAAAAAUAAGAAAAAAGAUCCCAUAGAAAGCAAUGGGUUUGUGGGUGAGACAACUCAGCCAAUGAAGAGAACUGGGGAUGGGCUAUCUCUAUAUACAGAAGAGGAGUUGGGGAUUGGGAAUGCAAAUGCUGGAGGUACCCCUCUUUGUCCCUUUGAUUGUGAUUUCUGUUUCUGGUCCGGAGACUCAUCUUUAUUCAUUGUAAGUUGCUUCCUUGUGAUGAAGUUUUGGAAGUCCUGGGAAAAUUGUUAGUUUUGUAAUUCAAUAUUACAGUUUUGGUGUUUCAGUUUGUGAGGUUUCAUGUGUGGUUUUCCUUUUUCAAAUUGUAAACUAGGUCCAGUGUACAAGAAAUUCGGCUAGAAUACAACUAUACAAGUCUAAAAAUUAUCGAUCUGAUGAUUGAA